AUGACUGUACGCAGCAGGGGAGACAUUCCUGACAGGACAUUGCUUGAGUUGGGCCGUCAGAUCGCAUCCGCAAAGAAGUUCUAUGAGAUUGGCGAGAAGCUGGGAUUCAACAAGACAGAGUUACAACACAUCGAACAUCGGACAUUAAACAAUAGGAAAGACGCUAACAUCCAGAUGCUUUCAAGGUGGAAGGCAUCACAGACUUCUGGGCCUAAAGCGAAGCAAACAUUGAAGCUUGUGUGGAAGUCUCUGCAGGACGCAUCGAAAGCGGAGCAAACUGAAGACGAAGAAAAAGAAAAGGUUUCUCAAGAAAUGGGAGUGAAUUCUACUUCACCGUCUGAUCAAAGAAGAGAGCAAGUGAAUGCUGUAGAGCCUGAAGAUAUGGAGAUCUUUAGAAAUUCGGAUUCAGAUGGAGAUAAAAGUGGUGAAGACAUCGACCUAUGUGGAGGUUCACCGAGUACGGGCGAGCAAUGUAGCGUUGCUCUUUCGGUGAACUGUCUGUCUUUGGCAUGGGAACUGGGGAAAGCCCUUCGUCUGGAUGAUGACGUCAUUGUAGGAUACGUGGCACCACCCGAUUCUGCCGCAAUGAACAAACUAGCAUUGCAACUCCUCAAAAAGUGGUGGAAACGUGUAGGAAGCCAAGAGAAGACAGUUCUGAUGACAAAGCUUCUUCAAGAUUACAACAUCCAGGAUUGCAAUGCAGGUCAUGAUGAAAUCUCCCGAAAGAUUUGCACAACUCCAGAUCUACUAGACUUCUCCCAACGCCUUAAUCUUGCAGCUUCGGAAGUCGUGCAGGUCAUGUCCACCUGUGUUUCCUUUCCACCAACCUCAAUACGACACAUUGUUCUACAAAUGCUUCAAGAAUGGGUACGACGUGGAGGAACAAGACAGAGGCUUCUCGAAAUUUCUCAAGCUUUUCAUUUCAAUGAUGCAGCAGACAAAAUAGCAACAGAAAUUGAACGCCACCCUGGUUUCUUGGACCCCUUCUCUCAUGGCAUCAUUGAUCACGACGGUGGGGAGCUGAAGCUAGAUGAACUGGACAUGAGAGUAUCUAUCCCUGCAGGAGCAAUCCCUAAAGAGACGAGAUCUAUGGUCACUCUUCGUGUACCUAGCUGUUGCUUAUCUAAGAUUCCCCUUAAGGACGGAGAGGUUCUCAUUACUCCAGUUAUUGAAUGUUCUUUCACUCAAGAACUUCUAAAACCUGCGACUGUAGCUCUUCCACAAUUUAUCCAUCCAGAACAACAUCAAGAUGACUUACGCGUUAGCCUUUACACCAAGUUAGGACCAGGUACAUUUGGUCACAGGAGCGUUCUUCCAAAUACACCAAGAGGUUUCCACAUCUCAGAGGACGUGGUUGAUUUCCCUACGCAUCACCUUCAACAAUGUGCGUUAUCAUCAAGCAACUUUCGUGGAGUCCAGUACACCUGUGAAGUACAUCUCCCUCUCUUCAUGACUCCCUCACAGAAAUCUACACUGCGUAUUUGCAUAGCUCAUCCCUGCAACAGAUAUCCCGCGGAGAUGCGCAGAAGACAGGAAAGCUUGUCGGAACCAUUCUACCAGCUUGCGACCGUGAUCAAGUUUUCUCUUGAAUCAAAGGAAGAUGAUCUCAAGCUUUUGUGUCUUUCUGAUUCAGAAAAGGUCCAGGAAACUGUCCCUGUUCGUGGUCUACUGAAGGGAGAAUGCAACACUCUUGACUUCGAGCUGAUGUCCUCACCUGAUGAGGGAGGGGCGAAGAGUAUCUGUCUACGUAUUGAGCAGGGCACAUCAACACUCGCAGAGCAACACAUGCCCACCUCUAUGGAAGUUGAGCCAGAUUAUGGAGCAUCCCAAACAUUUGGACAGAUAAAGUUUGCAUCUGACAACAUGCUAAAGGUCUUGUCUGGUGUAGUCUGUGCAAUAAAGGAUGCACGUGACCUCGGCUAUCAGCUUGGCUUCUCCCAUUCAACGGUAGAGAAAUACCUUGACAGAGCAGACUCCUCUGGCAGCAGCGUCUCAAGUUCAGGAUUCAGGGAGAUGCUUUGUGACUGGAGACGGUGUGUCCGACCGAAUGAGCAGGUCAGUAAACUUCGUCUAGCUUUGGAGAAAGCUGGGUUAAGUUAUGCAUCCGAGGUGCUCUUGCCCGAAAUUUAGUUUGGAUUUACGAACGCCCUGUCCAAGAUCAGAUGUAAACUAAA